AUAAUUCAGGAAGCACACAGAGAUAGGCAGGUAAAUAUUUAGAUUAGCUGAGCAGCAGCCCCAGGUCACUUCCUCGCUGGUGUGAUGGGAGCAAGACUGGAGCUGGAGGGGACACAAGAAGGUGCGUCGAGGGCAGUACGGCACCGGCUGGUGACCCAGUGCAUGCCAGGCUUGCUCCUGGUGUCUGCCUCGGCUCGGAGGGGGGAGUUGGUGCUUGUCUCGAUGCCCAAGAGCUGUUUGUUUGCUCCAGUGGUGCACUGAUGUGACGUAGAUUUGGUCCUUCCUCUCCGGCGUGCUUGCUUGGAACUCAGGAAAAAAAACAGAUACGUAAAACCUCUGUCCGAAUUCUUCACUGAACAGGGUCACUGGGUGCAGGAACCCUUUGCAUACUGUGGGAGUGGUGCCUUGGGACCUGCGCCCGCCUGGGAGGGAGCUUAUCUCUGCCCAGACUCUGCGGGGACUCCGGGCUUUGGAGGCAGAGCCAGGGACCUGCAGCUCCGUGGGAUCAGUUGGGAGCUCGAGAUCCUGCCGAGGAGCAGUGCGAGCUGUGAAUCUCUCGCACGUAUCAGCUGGGAGGAGGAAAGAGAGUUGGAUGUCUGAAGGCUAAUUCUUAAAUAGGCAGAUCAGGAGGACUAAUCAGUUGCUCAGCAUGUUCUCAUUUUACAAAAAUUGCCUCCAACCUGGGAAGUACCGCACUGUUUUUAAUCUCCUGCCUGUAGAGGUUUUCAUUCCGAGUGCAAAACAUGGCUAUCCCUGUUUGCGUUUUCCAGACUGAAUGCUGAUUGUUCAAAGUGAAUUAAAAUUAAAUUCGCAGCUGAAGAAUAUGCCAGGGUGAGCUGCUAGCUUUAAGUCUGCUCAUCCUUGGGCCCUGCACAGUACGGGAGCUCCCAGCGGACGAGCUCAGCUGGACUAAGUGUAGAUCAUUCCAGUGGUGCCAAUGUCUCAGUGGGAAUUCUCCCCAUUAAAGCUCUCAAAAAAAUAAUGAUUCCAUAGUAAUUUCCCAAGCUUUUUUGGUGGCUCUUUCUUCCCAAACUUCCUUCACAUCCUCCUCUUAUGGCAGAUUUUCAGCCAACAAAUGCACCCAGCAAAACCCUUUCUCCUGUGCUGGGGAGGGGAACGUAUUCCCGAUUGCAGCUGUUCUUUCAUCUGUCCAGAUGUGCACUGAAUUGCGUAACCAUUUCUCUUCUGGACAUGGAAGAGAAGGCAGGGAAUAAAUAGUGGGCUGUAUGAGCUGGUCUGCAGAAAAGCUCAGCACAGACACUGCUCAGAGCUUGUAGAAAAGAGAAAGGCUCCCUUCUUCUCGGAGCGGAAUGAGGUUUGGAAGAAGCUGAGCUUAUGAGCCAUCCGGCAGGAAUAGCUCAGGAGGGGAGGGAUGAUCUUAGCAGCUUUGGCACAGCUUCUGCUUGCUGCUCCCUCGCCACCCAUAUCUGUCCGGUCUCUGCGGAGGACGUUGUUAAGUGAUGGCUGCGGUUGGGUGCCAAGAGGCAAUAAUUGCUCUUCGUACUGAGGAGACACCGUUCCGAUCCAUCUGCUUAGCCCUGGUGGUGGCGCGGUCUGACACCAAGACAGGGGAUGGCGGAUUCCUGCAGAGUCUGCAGAUGCCCCAGAAGCCCGAUGAUUUGUUACCUGCAUAGAAAUCACUGUCAAUCCAUGCCAGGACAGGGUGUGGGGAGGUUUUGCUACUGAGUCAACGUGAAGGUAACCGUGCUGGUUGCCAAGCUGGAUUUGGAGAUGGACUACAGUCCAUUUCAGAAGCUCUCUCUAUAAAAUGCCAAAAUUACUGACCCAGGCAGAAAAAGGAGGUCAGCGGCGGCUGAUCAUAAUGGGUUCUUUCUGGCUUUAACAAUUUAACUUUCAUUUCUCUUCCACAUGCUGUUGGGUUCAGAAGUCAAUCAUUUGUUCUCCAGGAUGCCAGCUGCAAGUGAGGGAAGGCAGUAGAGAAAAUUUGGUCCUGCUUGCCCUGAGUAGUGCAUGGAGACAACGACUGUGUGAUAUUUGCUUAACAAAACAAAACGAGACUCCUUGGAGGUUUGCCUCCCUGCUUGGUAAAGGAUAGAAACCUCCAGCUAUUGUUUGAGGAAGCCGUGGAUGUGGGAUGUGACCUGGCAGCAAGUUGUCCUUGCCACAGUGGGAUUGCGAAAACCCUCCCUUCUUUACAGACACCAGUUGUUACGCUGCAGGCUUUUGGGUGGGAUUGAACCUGGGACUGCACCCUUGAGCUUGGGUAGAAGUACGAGACCUUUGACUUUGUUCUUCGGGCUGUGGAGCCUUGCGCUUUAACCCUGACUUCUCGGUUCACCCCGCCAAUGCCAAAGAUCUGUGACUCUCACUCUAUUUCUGUCUUUGUCAGGAGGUGAAGAUCUUCCGUGCCUUAAUCCUGGGGGAGCUGGAGAGGGGCCAAAGCCAGUUCCAAGCUCUCUGCUUCGUCACGCGGCUUCACCGCAACGAGAUCAUCCCCAGCGAGUCCAUGGCAAAGCUGCGGCAGAAAAACCCCAGGACAGUGCGGCAGGCUGAGGAGGUGCGGGGCCUGGAGCAUCUCAGCAUGGAUGUAGCUGUCAACUUCAGCAAGGGGGCCCAGCUGAGCAAUCACAUCCACAACGUCUGUGCAGAGGCCAAAGAAGCGAUUUACACCCGAGAAGAUGAUGUCAAAUUUUGGCUGGAGAAAGGGGUGGAUGGCUCCAUGUUCGAGGUCCUGCCGCAGACAUCGGAUCUCCCCGACCUGCAGCGUUGCAAGCUGUGCGCAGACCGCUGGAAACCCUGCAUCUGCAGCUACUCGCUGAGCAUCGAGUGGUACCCGUGCAUGCUGAAGUACUGCAAGAGCCGCGAUGCUGGGGGCAAGGUUUCUUCUUACAAAUGUGGCAUCCGCAGCUGCCAGAAGGGCUACACCUUCGAUUACUACGUGCCGCAGAAGCAGCUGUGUCUCUGGGACGAGGAGACCUAGCAGAGCCAGGCCAGACCUUUUCAAGGGGCAGCUCAUCUGCCUCCUGCCACCAUUUAUGAUGCUAAGGGCUUCCUGGAGCUGGCUGCUCCAAAGAAGGAAUUAUGGUUCACAGCAGUGCCUUGUACCAGGAGAGCUCUCUGUGUGUGUGUGCCUUUCCUUCUGGCCCCCUGUGACUCUCUCAUACUGUGAUAAGUGGGAUCAGCUCCCUGUGUGUUGAUGCUCUCCUGCCAGCUCCCUGGAAGAAGCAGGAGCUGCAGGUUUCUGGGGUGAAGCACCGGCAGGGGUGUGUUUUGCCCUGCUCUGGUGUUAGCAGAGGUGAAAGGAGGCGGCGCUGAUCAGUUAUCAGCCUCGAGCAUCCUGAUGAGCGGUCAGGGCAGGGAGAGAAAUGGUCUUGAUGACCUGGGUUGUCAAACAUCUCUGCUGCUGAAGAAGCCCCUUCACUGACUUCGCCACCUCCUGGUGAUGCAACAGCAGUAACCCAAUGGGAAAAGAGCUGAUUUAUGGGACCACAUACCCUGAGCAAGGAAGGUGCAAAGCCUGCCCAAAGCAAGAGCCUGCCCGUAGCUUUUCCUAGUAUCCAAGUGGCUAUUUUAUCCUGCCUGUGACUAGAAGAUAUAAUGGGGAGAUACAUCCCAGCGAUGAUUUUGCCCCCAAAGGGCUGAUAAUUAGGGCUCUAAUUAAUCCCUUUUUAGACUAGUGAAGGCCCAACUUUUUGCGUUGGUCCUGUGACUCUCCCACUAAGAAAGAAGCAUCUAGAGACUUGUGACUGCCAUUAUACCACUGUGGUUGCAAGGGGGGAGGGUGAUCCCAGGUGGGUUUGUGCUGUCGUUCCGAAGCAGACACCAUCCUACAUCUAUAUCCAGUUUUAUGUCCUACUCUGCCAGCUGUUCACAAGAAGCUCUUAGAUAAUUGUACUGCUUUGCUGUGCCUUGGUUUCCCCUACAUGUAAAACAGGGACAACACUGAAGCUGCCCUUGGCCCUGGUAUACACCUGGAGGGCAUCAGACAACAAGCACUGCAGGAGUGCUCCCUGGUUCCUGUGUCCUCUUCCUCUCACGUUAGAACAAGCAGGGAGGGCAGAGAGGUUCUUGGGGUCAUUGUGAACCCCUGUACCUCCUGGUGAAAAGCCUUCACAAUGUGCCUUUUUGCCUAAAAUACAGGAAUUUUUGACGAAAGGAAAAAAAAAAAAUAAUAAUUUGGUCGCAAUUAUUUUUGUAUUGAUCACUUAAGGGGGGAGAAGGGAAAGGUAUUUUAAUAUUGCAACAUGAAGUAAAACACACUUGAAAUGAUUUUUUUUU